CUGUGCACGUGUAAUUGACACAAGGGCUGAUGGAGAAGAGGUGGCGGGGUUCGGGGCUCGGGCAGGGACCCUUCCUGCGGGCAAUGCAGCCCCGGACCCAUGCAAGUCGUUAAAUGCAGCGCCGGGGAGGUGGCGGCCGAUUGCAAUUCGCCGAGGACAGAGAGAGAGAGGAGAGAGAGAGAGAGAGAAGCGGCGGCGGUGAUCCAGCGCCAGAGGCAGGGUGGGUGGGUAUACCAUUGUCCGGCCCUGGUGAGGAUGAGAUGCCCGUGAGCCCGCUGCCGGCUUCUGCCAAGCCAUGGCCCCGGGACGUGAGCUGAGAUGGCAGAGCCGCCCCGGCCCCCGCCCCCGCCCCCGCCCGACUGCCUGAGGCGCUCGGCUCUGAGCUCUGCCCCCUGCCCCGCCGAGCCGCCAGCCCCGGCCGCUCUGCCCAUGGGGCUGCAGGGCUUCCCCAGCCAGCCCGCGGCGGCUGGCCGGCCCCCCUGCCAACUCCUGCAGCCGGCUAGCCACCUCAGGGGCACGGGCAUGGGCAUGGGAGCGGAAGCGGGCGGAGACAAUGAAUCCUCUCAGCUGGAUACAGUAUCCCCUGGCACCCAAGUGGAUACAGUAUCCCCUGGCACCCACAUGGUUACAGUAUCCCCUGGCACCCAAGUGGAUACAGUAUCCCCUGGCACUCACAUGGAUACAGUAUCCCCUGGCACCCACAUGGUUACAGUAUCCCCUGGCACCCACAUGGUUACAGUAACCCCUGGCACCCACAUGGAUACAGUAUCCCCUGGCACCCAAGUGGAUACAGUAUCCCCUGGCACCCACAUGGUUACAGUAUCCCCUGGCACCCAAGUGGAUACAGUAUCCCCUGGCACCCAAGUGGAUACAGUAUCCCCUGGCACCCACAUGGUUACAGUAUCCCCUGGCACCCAAGUGGAUACAGUAUCCCCUGGCACUCACAUGGAUACAGUAUCCCCUGGCACCCACAUGGUUACAGUAUCCCCUGGCACCCACAUGGUUACAGUAACCCCUGGCACCCACAUGGAUACAGUAUCCCCUGGCACCCACAUGGUUACAGUAUCCCCUGGCACCCAAGUGGAUACAGUAUCCCCUGGCACCCACAUGGAUACAGUAUCCCCUGGCACCCACAUGGUUACAGUAUCCCCUGGCACCCACAUGGAUACAGUAUCCCCUGGCACCCAAGUGGAUACAGUAUCCCCUGGCACCCACGUGGUUACAGUAUCCCCUGGCACCCACAUGGAUACAGUAUCCCCUGGCACCCAAGUGGAUACAGUAUCCCCUGGCACCCACAUGGUUACAGUAUCCCCUGGCACCCAAGUGGAUACAGUAUCCCCUGGCACCCACGUGGUUACAGUAUCCCCUGGCACCCAAGUGGAUACAGUAACCCCUGGCACCCACAUGGAUACAGUAUCCCCUGGCACCCAUAUGGUUACAGUAUCCCCUGGCACCCACGUGGAUACAGUAUCCCCUGGCACCCACGUGGAUACUGUAUCCCCUGGCACCCAAAUGGUUACAGUAUCCCCUGGUGCCCAUAUGGUUACAGUAUCCCCUGGCACUCAAAUGGUUACAGUAUCCACCAGCACCCAUAUGGUUACAGUAUCUGCAGACACCAGAGUGGCCCCAAUUCCCACUGGCACCCAAAUGGUUACAGUGUCUACUGGCACCCGAAUGUCUACAGCAUCUGGGGACUCCCCACUAGUUUCAGCACUCACUAGCUCUCGAACGGUUAUGGGGUCUGUGGGCACCGUGCAUGGCGAGAGUGCAAGGAAGCUGCACCACCAACCGCCCCGCCAUUCUCGGGACCACCUGCUGGCCAUGGAUCCUGUCCUCAGUACCCUUUCUGCCGGCCAGGAGGUGGCGAGCAGCAAUUGCAGAAGGAGAGCCUUGGAGAGCCCGUGUCUGGUGCCAGCCUCUUGCCUGUGGCAGGGAGGGAGUGGCGGGGGCCUUCAAGUGGAUGGGAGUGAUGCCCAGCUGUGCCCCAAGCGGAAAAGAUUGGAAAGCCUGGACAGUCCCAGUGGCCUGAGCCUGGUGAACGGCCACAGCGAGGAUCCUGGCCCUGGCAAGGAUGCCAAGUGGAAGAAAGAGGAGGAUGAAAACGUGGCGCCCUUGGGGUGCCAGGACGCUAAUGCGAUGGGCAGGGCAGCGCAGGACGCGCACCUGAGACUCCAGAUGCAGGACUUGGUAAACAACUACAUUGUGCCCUGCAUGAAUUGUUAUGGCAUCUGCGUCAAGGACAAUUUUCUCGGGGAGGGACUGGGGAAUAAGGUCCUCAUGGAAGUGCUGAGCCUACACCGGAAUGGGAUCCUGAUGGACGGGAAGGUGGUCAGCCCUCUCAGUGUGCCCACCAGGAGCAUCCGAGGAGACAAGAUUGCCUGGGUGGAUGGCAAGGAACAAUCCUGUGCCAACAUUGGCCUCUUGAUGGCCAGGAUCGAUGAGCUGAUCAUCUACAGCACUGGCAGGCUGGGGGCAUAUAUGAUCAACGGGAGGACUAAGGCGAUGGUGGCUUGCUACCCUGGGCACGGAACUGGGUACGUCCGACACAUUGACAACCCCAACGGUGAUGGGCGAUGUGUCACGUGUAUUUAUUAUCUGAACAGGGACUGGGAUAUCAACGUCCAUGGUGGCUUGCUACAGAUAUUUCCGGAAAACCGCUCGGAGGUUGCGAACAUUGAGCCUUUAUUUGACAGGUUAUUAAUUUUCUGGUCUGACCGUAGGAACCCACAUGAAGUAAAACCUGCCUUUGCUACCAGGUACGCCAUUACUGUCUGGUAUUUUGAUGGAAAGGAACGCGUCGCAGCCAAAGAGCGAUUUAGGAAAGCUUCAGCUCAGAAGGCUUUGCAGUUCACCCAGACCAGUACGACGUAGGGUCCAGUCGGACAGGAACCACCCCCCACGUCCAACGAGCAGAUGGAUUGCAUGCGCUGAGCUGGUGUUGUGUCAUCGAACCUCCUCCUCCUCCUCCGUCCACCUCAAAGGCUCUCCAUCCAACACCCACCCAGCUGACCCACCUCCAUACACCGUCCUGGGGCACCUUGAAACAGUGGUUCGGUUCACUAAGGACCACCGAGUUCUUCAAACUGACAAGAAAGGGCAGGCGAAGGGUCACCGGAGCAGCAUUUCACCCUCCACUGUGCAUUAUGGGAACUUGCACAUUGAUAAUGUACAGAGAGAAAUCAUUUGUUGGACUUAUUUCUGUUUGUUACUCUGCCCCUGAGCAAUCAUUGUGUGUUUGGGGUCAGAAAGCUUUACUUUCAGUUCAAAAGAAGAGAGACAGACUUUACUCUGUAUCUAACCCUGUGCUGUCCCUGUCCUGGGAGUGUUUGAUGGGGGACAGUGUAGAGGGAGCUUUACUCUGUAUCUAACCCUGUGCUGUUCCUGUCCUGGGAGUGUUUGAUGGGGACAGUGUAGAGGGAGCUUUACUCUGUAUCUAACCCUGUGCUGUUCCUGUCCCGGGAGUGUUUGAUGGGGACAGUGUAGAGGGAGCUUUACUCUGUAUCUAACCCCAAUGCUGGCAAAGAAAAUCAUUCGUUAUUCCAGAGACACACAGCCUUGAUACGGAUAAACUUCCCUUUGCAAAUAACACACUCUCAUUGCCUUGUUUUAAAGUUGAACAUUAUUUUCCAGAUACGGUUUGUUGGGUGGGGAGGGGGAUGGGAGUUAAAGGGCAAAGUGUCCAGUUCCUAGACCCUGCCCUCAAGCAUUGGCUUUUGUUAUUCAGAAACCACUUCCCAACUCUCCUUCCCCACUCCCCCCAAACUCCAGAUAAUUGAAUGGACCAUCUGCUUCCUGAAGACCUUAUCGAUGUACCUUGGGAUGGUACUGAGGGAACCCUUGGGAGGCUCCUUUCCUUGUUCUCACCCCGCUCCCCCACUAUCCCGGCUGCCCCAUUCCAGUUGGGGGUCAGGACUGUGGAAAGCGAGCCCUCGAACGCUCUGCGUCUCCUUGUUAUUAAAACCGGCGCACAGGUCAUCCCGUUUCAGACUCCUCGCUGGGGCGUCUUGUCCAGUAUCAGAAAGGACCACGCCAGUUCAUGGACCUUUUAAACUCUGAACCUUUGCCUUUAAGGUGAGUAGAAGACUCAAUAAACGAACACUGAAAGAACCGUGGAUGCUGUAAAUCAGAAACAAGAACCGAAAUUACUGGAAAAGCUCAACAGGUCUGGCAGCAUCUGUGGAGAGAAAUCAGAGUUAACGUUUUGGAUCUGGUGACUCCCCUCCUCAGCCCAGAGGUUCUGAGGAGCUUCCUCCAGACGUUCCUGGUUUAGUUUUUGGUCCCUGAAUAAGGAAUUCCUUCUCUCUUCGGAAAGUGGAUCUGAUUUUGUUUUUGUGGAAGGUCGCUGUGAGUCUGGCGCCCUCCGGCCUGGGACUGCCAACUUCUCCCGGAUUGUCCUAGAGAUUCCGGAGACGGUCAGCGAUGCCCCCCAAACACUGUUUCCCCCCCCCCCACCCCCCCCAACACACACACACACACACACACACCCUGAGGGGGUGGGGAGGAAUCUGUCUAAGAAAGAAAAUGUAUCUAAUUGUCUUCUGAUUACGUUUGGAAAGAUUGCGGAGCUGGCCGUGUAAGGGAAGUUUGAUUGUUGGGACAGGAAUGUUCCCGCGUGUGCGUGUGUGUGUGUGUGUGUGUGUGUGUGCGCGCGCACAGGGAGAGUCUGCAGUUGGGCUGAGAAGGUGGGACACUGCCGAUGGACUGGGGGGUAGGGGGUGACUGGUUGGGCACUGGGAGGGGAUGUCAUGUGAUGAAAGUAUUGGUGACUCUCCAUUGACCGCAGUCGGUCCAGUUGGGUUGGUGGGAUUCUGGGGAAUGGAGGGGGAGAAGGGGUCACGUUUCACCAAUGGGUUGAGGGUCUGGUCUUGCGCUCCAAUUUCAGAGGAACUGCACCGUUUUCACUUCCACCCCCAACCCUUCCUCUCCCCGCCCCCCCCCCCCCCAUACCUAGACUGGAGUGGAAGGGUGAAUGACAGUAGGGCAGCAGUGGAUACACAGCAAUGAGGAGUAGGCCAUUUGGCCACCUUGUGUCUGCUUAAUAGGACCGUGACCUGAUCUGAUUGUAGCCUCAAAGCCACUGCCCUCUCUGUUCCCUGUAACCGCUGACUCCCUGAUCAAUCAAAGUCCAUCCAACUGGGGCCUUGAAUACAUUCAAUACCCCAGGCCUCCAGUGCUCCCCAGUGAAGAAUAUUCUAUGCACUGUCAGAAACUAUCUCUCUCUCUCUCUUUCUCUUUCUCUCUCUCUUUCUCUCUCUCUCUCUCCAGCUUAAAUGAGGGACUCACCGUAGGGCGAUUACACACCAGCAUCCAGGUGACAGGAGGAAGGGGUCUGCUCCACUCGCUCUCCCUGGAGAACAGGCAGUGGCUUUACCUGCCCACAUUCCUGAUGAAGAGCUCCUGAUGGAAACGUCGACUCUCCUGCUCCUCGGAUACUGCCUGACCGGCUGUGCUUUUCCAGCACCACCUCUUUACUUGUGGCUGGUAUCUGAGCCAAACUGCUCAGCGUCCCACCUGUAGGAUGGAUCACCGAUCCUCGCUCUGUGAGGGGCUGGGGUGUGGGACGUUUAGCUGGGGUGACUGUGUUUUUGUAGAAAGUUGACUCGCGGUUUGAUUUUGUGAAAUGCGUUUGUCUCUGGCCCCAGCACUUUCUCGCCUCUGCAUUACAUCAGUGAAGGAAGGGCAGUAUCUGAUUAAAACUGAACUGUUUACUCUUGCAAA